AAGUAUUGUUAUUUAAAUCCACAAAGAGCUCUCUAUUUUACUGAUCUACUUGUGCGAAUUUCUAUAAGAAUUUCUUGAUUUGGUUUAAUUUUUGGGGUUGGGUUUUAGUGAGCUGGUUUGUUUCAUAGAAGUUAAUGGAAUUUAUAAAUGAAAUAAACAUUAAAUUUGGGGUUGAAAUUACAGUAUACAUAUUAGGUGAAUGAAUUAUAUUCUUUAUAUUGUUUUGCAAUAGAUGUUUUAUGUGGCCAGUGCUCUAGUGAACGUGUACUGCAAUACUGCUUUUGAGUGUGCUAUACAACUGUUUGAUGAAAUGCCUGAGAGAGAUAUGACUACUGCUCUAAUAUAUCAGCUCUUUGAUUCUGUUCUCUAGCGGAAGAUUACAUUUUGAAGUUACUUUUAAUAGUUCAAAAAAAAAAAAAUUUGUAGAAGAAAAUUUGUAAAGGUAGUGAUUAUUUUACACAGUUUGUUUGAUUGUAUUUGGUGGAAAAAUGGCUUCUUGGAGGUUGUUUUAUUGUAUUCUACAUUUAUACUAUUCAAAAUACUGUUUAGUCUCUGGUCUUCUCAUGUCUUGUAUAAUAAUGUCUCUUUUCAGUUGGUGGAAUAAGAGAGAAGGACAACACAAUUUAGAGUGCAGUUUAGCAAGCUUGCCAAGAGCCAUGGAUGAAAGUCCACUUUCACUCCCUACAAAUGCACCUUCUAUGCCAAAUGUACCACCCCUUAAAUCCCAAUAUGAUUCUACUGAGGCUGAAGGCCAAUUUGAUUUGUUAAUGUUCCAAUUUGUGUGGAGGAUGAUGAGGAUGAUGAAGAUUUUAAGUGCCUCUGUUGAAUCUGAUGAUGAUAUAAAUGAAGAUUUUGGAUUGGGGGAUGAUAGAAUUAGUAGAGAGAUUUGGGGCAAGUAACUUUAGGGAGUUUGGAAUGGUGAAGGAGAUGAUCAUACUUGAAUAGCAAAGAUUUGGCUUUUUUUAAUUAUUUUUUUCUAUGGGGAUGUAAAAAAUUGAAUGUUUUUUUAAUUAUAUUUUUUCAUAUAA